UACAUGCUAAAAUGCAUUAAGUAGUUUAAUAAAUGCAUAUGAAUAAUAAUAAACGGAAUUAUCUUUUAAAGAAAACAACCUCUUAGAUGGACGAAAGGUCUGACUCAGGAGAGGAAGGACAAAUUUUACCAGAAGGGAGACGAGACAACGUUGGUGUUGCAUUUUUCUCUUCUAGUGAAGAAAUGGGUUUGAAUAGAAGUAGUAGUGCUGUAGACAGACAUAAUUCCCGAUAUACAGCUUUUAGCGAUGUCGUAUUUAGUCACGGAGAUAUCGUAGGUGGAACAGAUGUAGAUGGUUCACCUCCGAGCUACAGUGAUGCUAUGAAAUAUUUUGUACUUUCACGUGGUCCGAAUUCUGCCGAGGUUAAUGUAAAUGGACCGCCUCCAAGUUACAGAGAUCUGAUAAAUCGCCCUAAGCAUGCACGUGAUACAACCUCUAGCACGGACAACAUGACUCAUGUAAGAAGAACACCCUUUACAGUAUAUGGACGGGUGUGCUCGAUUGUUGGUACUCCAUGUGCCGCACGUCCAUCAGUAUUAUUGUGUGUGAUGCUCGGCGUGCUUUUCCUCGUGGUGGCUGUUGUUACUAUCUUGGUGGUCAUCAUAAACACAACUUAAGGGGCAUCAUGUCUUCAACAUGAAAAAAGAAAUCAUUAAACACGAAUUUGCCUGUUUUUAAAAGGAACUUCAUAUAAAACUCCUUUUAACAAUGCUAAAUUAUUUCUUAUCCUUCUAGUCUCAAAUAAAAGUUAAAAGAUAUAUUUUUACAUGGCAAAGUUCGACUUUAUAUUUCGGUCUUCAAUGUGUCUCAAAAUGCAAUCAUCUUUGACAAUGACAAAUUCGACACUUUGAAAAUAUAAAGUUCAUUUUGCAAGCUGGCUCUAAAGUUUCAUGCUAGCAAGAAAUUCAAAGUGUUUAAUGUUGAAUUUCGAUAUUCGAACUGGCGCAAAGUUCAAAACUAGCUCAAAUGUGAACUUAGAUGUUCAUUUGAAAAGAAUGAAAGUGAAUGAAAUUUAUUGGUUGUAGAGAGAACUUUAAAAUCACUGUGCAUUUUAUAUAGGAUAUAAUAUAAUCCUCUAGAAACUUA